AUGGAGUUCCUGGAGAUCGGGGGCAGUGAAUGUCUGCGUUCGUACUGGAAGAUGUACCUGCCCAAAGUGCUGUUGCUGAUCUAUGUCGUGGACUCGGCCGAUCACGCCCGACUGCCUGUGGCGAAACAGCUGCUGCAUCAACUGGUCCAGAACAACCCCACCCUGCCGGUGGUGGUUCUGGCCAACAAGCAGGUAAGAGACCUCAAAGGCGCAUAUUGCAUCACCGACAUCCACGAUGCUCUGGCACUGUCUGAUAUCGGGGACGAGAGGAAGAUGUUCUUGAUUGGGACCCACGUGGCAGAGGAUGGCUCCGAGAUCUCCUCCAGCAUGAAGGAUGCCAAGGAGCUGAUAGCGCAGCUGGUUUUGGAAACGCACGCGGCGGGUGAGGAAGACGAGCUGCUGACCGGCGUCGCUCUCCCAGCGCCCCCGUCGUCGCCCUCCACCAGCGAGACCCAGGAUCCGGGCAGCUCCGUGAAGGACCUGUUCUGCAGCUACCUCUUUUCUUGGGGCUUGCCAGCACGCUCACGCAACAGGAUACGAGAACUUGCAGAACCCAAGAAAGCGGCUUAUGCAAACGACCCCAGGCUCGUGUGGGGAAACCAAGAGACGAUCUGGCCCCUCUCGCGGCGUGCUGCGGCAGCUCGACUAUCGCCAAGAAUAGUGGCACUGGCCAAGCCCAAGCAAGAUUUUGGCAAUCACCAGUGCAGGUCCCUCUUCUUGUACAGCUGUGGACGGGAAUCAACGAUUUGGGAGCGUCCCCUGCUAGAGGAUUUUGGCUUCCCUUCUGAUCGGCUGCUGAAGUUGUCUGAACCUAAAAAAUACCAAGCUGCUUACUUGCAGCAAAGACCUCUCCAGUCCCCGGAGUGGCCCGUGUCACCAGCUGCACUGAGCUAUCGGGCAUCCCCACGGAUCCUGGAGCUUGCACGGCCGACGGGGCUUCACCCAGAGUUCCUGCUGCCCAGAGAGGUGCCAACACGGGUUGCCAACAUCGCAGCCUUGGCCAGAGCACCCUCGCGGUUACAGCGUCUGGCAGAGCCCCGGGUCAGGAAGGUGACCUGCUGCUACGAGCACAGCUUCCCCGAAGCCGUCAUCCGUCCGGUUUCCAAGUUGGCUCUGGAGGCAGUCGCGAGCCCUCGGACCCUGGAGCUGGCUAGGGCAAAACGAUUGCAUCCUGACUUCGUGCCCUUGCGGGAUGCCAAGUGGCCAGUGACGAGGGCUGCAAAGCACACAGUGGCCACGCCAAGGCUUGUGGAACUGGCCCAGCCCUGCAAAAGGUGUCUGAUGGAUUCGGCGCUGUUCAACCCAGAUGCGUUCACCCCCGUCAGAACCACAGCCCGCUGCUCGGGCGGCUGCCCCCACUGCCCCUUGGAAAAUCACCUGCUUUGGGCUGUGCUGAGGGCUUAA